AUUCUGACUGUUGUUAGUAUAUAAUCUUAGGUAUUAGAUAAAUGUUAAAACGAACCUAAAGUCUAUGGUUCUGGGAUUAGCCAAAAAUUAUAACAUAAACAAUUUUACCAAAUAAAUGAAUGAAAAGUUAACAAAAACAAUGGACUAAAUUAUUAGGUAACCAUAUGGUAAAUUGCCAAUUACGUUUAGAUCAAUUACACAUAAAUGAAUAACACUAGCACCAUAUUUUAUCUGCAUAAAUUAUGUAUAUAAACAAAUAAUUACCUUCGUUCCGAAAUUGAAGAUGGAAAAAAAAUUAGCAGUAUUUGACUUUGACCAUACCAUUGUACAGGAUAAUUCUGAUGUGGUAGCAAUCAAUUUAAUUGAUCCCAAGAAAAUUCCCCCUGAAUUAAAAAAGUUACAUAAGUCUGAUGGAUGGACUUUGUUCAUGCAAGAAAUUUUUCAAUUAUUACAUAAAUACGAUAUUAAAGAGGAUAAAAUAAAAUCUGUAAUAGUAUCCUUAGAAGAAGUAGAAGGAAUGGGAAAUCUUAUUAGAAAAUUAAAAGAAUUGAACUUUGAUGUUAUAAUUAUCAGUGACUCAAACACAUAUUUUAUUAAUGCUUGGCUAGAAGCAAACAAUCUAAGCCAAUAUGUAUAUAAAGUGUUCAGUAAUCCUGCAUAUUUCAAUGAAUCAGGUGUUCUUAUAAUAAGCAUGUAUCACUUGCAAACAACAUGCAAUCUAAGUACCAAAAAUUUAUGCAAAGGACAAAUUAUGGAAGAUUUUAUCAAGGCACAAAAGGAUAAAGGUAUUUCUUAUGAAAAAAUAAUAUACUGCGGAGAUGGAAUGAAUGAUUAUUGCCCCAUUUUAAAAUUGAAUAAGACUGACUUGGCAUGUGUACGAAAAGGUUAUAAGUGUGUUGAACUUGUGAAAAAAUCAAAAGAUGGUUUUGAUGUGGAUGAAACUGGAAAUUGUAGAAUUGUUAAUGCAAAUUUAUGUAUAUGGUCUAAUGGUAAUGAUAUUUAUUCAUUGUUGUGAUAAACGGAAAUUUUUUAUAGUUGUAUAUUCCAAUAAAAAAGUUCUUUCUAUUUAA